UCGUAUAACCAGCAAUUAAGACAUCCCUAGUCAGUUUGCAGAGUGACUCGACAAAGCCACAGGCGCAUCAACGGAAGGACGAUACAAAACACUGUGUAAACGCAUACAGAGCAGGCCAUAAUGUCGUGCAAGAUUUCUUUAGUGACCGUGGAGCCUGUGAUGUUUUUUGGGAUGCUUUCAUUUUUCCUGAAUAUGGUUGCAAUGCCACAGAUGAUAUUAGAUAAUGUGUGCUUGAAGAAACACAACGAGACAAAGUGUGCUGCAAUGUAUACGGGUUUGUUCAAGGAAGAAUACGACACAGUACAAGGAAUUUCAUCUCUCUGGUUCAGUGCUUUGUUGGUGGCAGCUGCAUUGGUAGCAGUGCUGCUCCUUCCCUUCAUCGCCGCACUGUCGGAUGAAUUUGGAAGGCGCAAGAUAAUGAGUUUGACUCCAUUAGGGCAGUUGCUUCAAAGCAUUGUUAUUGUUUGCAUACUGAGUGGAGGUCUGCGCUUCCCAACGUGGCUAAUGGUUCUGGUCGGGCUGUUACCUGGUAUGGUAGGUGAUAUUUGUGGUCUCUACGUAAUAACAUCUUCGUACAUUGCUGAUGUUUCUUCAGUGGAGACAAGAACUUUGCGAAUUAAUCUUUUGGAAUCUGCUGCAAUAAUAUCAGCUCUGGUAGCAUCAUUAUCUAGUGGGUACAUUAUAGAGCACUUUGGAUAUAUUGGUGCAUAUAUUGCUUGUAUUAUAACAGACAUUCUAGAACUCUUAUAUAUCAUAUUAUUGGUGAAGCCAAUAGACAAAGAAGCUGUUAUGUGCGACCAGAUAGAAGGACAUACCAAAAUGGAGAUAGUAAUGGAGGGCAAGCCAAUAAAACAAGAAAGUGAUAUUGUAAUCAAUUGUUUGCAAGAUAACAUUUUGGAAAGCAAAAUCGAGGACGAAGAAGAUGAAUCUACAAAGAAAGAAAAGAGUUGUGUGAAUGAAGAGGAUUCUCGAAACAAGAUGGCUUCGGAGGUAACAAUGAAAUUGAGCAAUCCUGUGAAACAACAUGUGACGAGAAAAGGUUUAUCCUGUAGGCUAUGGUUUCUACUGAAGAAAUCAAACCCUGUAAGCAAUUUUACAAAAGUUGUCUGGAUACUGAAAUUCCAUGGUCAGUUAAGAUAUGGUAUGCUGCUAUUCCUUCUUAUGGCUUGUGCGGCAGCAACAUAUUCAGGAGAACUUUCCGUCAUGGUUCUAUACUUGAAAAACAGACCUUUCUACAUGGGCCCAGUGCAUAUUGGAUAUUUUCUCGCAUUCCAGAGUGCAGCACUUUCAAUUAUUGGUCUCAUUGGGGUCAAUUACUUGCUAACACGCGUUUUGAAACUCAAUGACCACACCAUUUUGCUACUGACUGCAACAGCUUAUACCAUCUAUUGUGUUCUGCUUGGAUUGGCAAAUUCAACUUUGACCCUGUAUUUGGUUCAACUGGUGCAUGUUGUAUCAACAGUGAACGUGUCAACGAUUCGAGCCAUGGUCUCCAAAAUUACCCCUCCCUCUACAGUAAGCAUAUUCUUCUCAGCAAUAAUUAUUGUUGAGUCGUUCGCAGUGCUGGUUGGUUCAAUGAUUAGUCCACUGGUUUACUAUGCUGUUGUCUCCACACACCCUGGGUCAGUCUUUUUCAUCAACGCAUUUUUUAUGUUUUUCGGCACAUGUGUUUCGUUGCGGCUGUUUUUCCUCAAACGCUACGAGAAUCAGGAAUCUUCUGAAAACAAAGUCGUUAGUGGUUCUCUGCAAGUCAUUGGUUGA